AUGCUGUCGUGGCGCGUUCAGGCCGUCUUAAAUUACUGCCUCUAUACACUGAAAGAUUCGACUUGUAUCACCAUAUUUGGUAAACUGAUGAGGCAUGAGUCUCAGUUUGUGUCACUGGAUGAAAAAUUGAAUCGAAAUGAAGCGGGCGCACAGAAUGCUUCGAAAACUAUUGCAGGAACACCAUCUCCAGCUUCCUCAUCGAAUAGCGGCCGCGGAGAACGUCAGGCAAGUCCUCUUAUUUCAGUUUUGCUCUUUUUGCCCUUAAAUCAUAUGAAUGUACCAGUUCCAGCAGAUCUUUAUCAGGCGCAGCGUACACAACUCAGUAUCCUUCAUCACUUGAUGUGGUCAGACCGUUUGUGGCAGCAAACAUCUGGUGCUAUGACAAGCAUUGAUCGAGAGAUGGAGAAACAUUUGGAAGAAUUGUGUGGUCCUUUGACCGUUAACGCCAGUUUGAUCGAUUUGGCUGAAUAUCUUGCAACAGCAGUAACAUGGCUUCAGGCUGAAUACCAGGCGGAGAAAGGACAGUUUCCAUCGACGUCAGUAUAA